CCCGGACAAAUGUACCGCCUCUUGUAUGUCCUACUCAACAUUAGUAAUCAUUAGUUCCCGAGACCAAUAAACUAGAGUUGUUUUUUGUCAUUGGCUAAUGGUUAUUUCUAUAAGAAUAACAACAAAUUGGAAUUGGAUGAUAAUAAAAAUAUUUUUCAUAAUUAUAUCAAGCGUAGCUUCUCUAAGUAAUCUGUGAUUAUAUCUGCAUCUUGUCGAUGUGUUAUUUUAUUACUUUGAACGGUGCCUAGUUAAAGGGAUUUAUUUAUAAAUAAGCUUACAAAUAUGAAUAUUUUACCGAAGAAAAGAUGGCAUGUGAGGACUAAAGAAAAUAUAGCUAGAGUAAGGCGGGAUGAAGCAGAAGCUGCGGAAAACGAGAGACAAGAAAAGUUAAGAGUUGAAAAUGCUGAUCGUGAAGCAAGAUUGAAUUUCUUAAAACAAAAAAGCAAACAAAAUCUCCUUGAACAUGGAGUUAUCGCAGAGAUUCGAGAAACCCAUGAACAUAUUGAAGUACCUGGAGAACAUAUUAACUUAUUUGCAGAUAUUGAUGGCGCUAUUAAAACAAAAAAUAAAGAACACGAAAUUGAAGCAAGGUUGAAAAAAGAAGAGUAUGAAAAACAAAUUGGUUAUUUAACUUAUCUAGGACAGGAUACAAAUGAAGCUCUUGGGAAAAAAAAUUGGUAUGAGGUAGCCCCAGGCCACUCAAGACUUGAACAUGGUAAUAGAAUAAAGGAGACCUACAACAAAUUAGUGCUUAAAGAUGAAGAAGGUAAACCAAAACCUAGAGAACUAGACAUUAAAAAUGGAGAAUUAGGGUGGAAAUCAAAGCAAAGAGAUGAUCCAAUAUAUAAAUUUAAAAAAUAUUUGAACAAAGAAAAACCAAAAAAUAAUUCAAGUAUUUCUGAGGGUGAUAAACAAAAGAACAAUUGUAUUAGCUCAAAAAAAGAAAAAGAGGAUAAAAAAGACAAACUACAAAAGCUAAGAGAAGCUCGCCUUAAACGAGAACAACAGGAAAAAUACAGAACGGAAUUAUUCUUAAAAAAAUUACACAAUCCUAUUAAUGCUGAUACCAAAAUACAAAAGGAAACUGAAGUUAAGCAAAAAUACAAUUCUCAAUUUAAUCCUGAUCUUGCUCGACAAAAUUUCAGAUAAAUGCCUCCAAUAUCAAAUACCUCAAAGUAGUAUACAGUGAAUAAAUAUAACUGAGUAAAACUGUC